CGCCUUUAUUCCCAGUUCCAAUCUCUCCGAGCGUUCCUGAACGCCUCAGUCGGCUGAGUGGCUCAGUGAAGAUGGCGGACUGUAUACGUGUUCCUCUGAUUUUGCUGGUGAUGUGCAUCUUUUCACUGGCUCAUCAAGCUCGAGGAGGUGAAAACAACGGUGUCGGCAGGGUCGGUGCUAUUGGAGACAACCCCGCCAAUCUCGCAGCAGGUCCGGGUCCCGGAGCAAACCAGGGAGUCGCUGAGAGGAACCAGGCAGCGGGGGCCUCGUUAAGUCGGAGGCGCUCUACCGGCUGGAAGCUGUCUGAUGAGGCAGUAUGUAGGGAGGAUCUGACCCGGCGUUGUCCGAAACAUUCCUGGAACAACAACCUGGCGGUACUAGAGUGUCUGCAGGAUAAAAAGGAGGAAUCAGAAAUUGCCGCUGACUGCAAUCAUCUUCUGUGGAACUACAAGUUGAACCUCACCAAAGAUCCAAAGUUUGAGUCUGUAGCUGGGGAGGUCUGCAAGACGACCAUCUCUGAGAUUAAAGAAUGUGCUGCAGAGGAGCGGGGGAAGGGCUACCUGGUCUCCUGUCUGGUGGAUAACCGUGGAAACAUCACCGACUACCAGUGCAACCAGUUCAUCACCAAGAUGGCCAGCAUCAUCUACAGUGAUUAUCGGCUGAUUUGCGGCUUCCUGGACAAAUGUCAGGAAGACAUCAACACUCUGCACUGUGGCAGCAUCAGCACCGGGGAGAAGGACGUCCACUCUCAGGGGGAAGUGAUCGCCUGCCUGGAGAAGGGUUUAGUCCGUGAGGUUGAGGAGCAACCAGGCGCGCACCGCAUCAAAGACGACUGUAAGAAGGCCAUCAUGAGGGUAGCCGAGCUGUCCUCUGAUGACUUCCACCUGGACCGCUACCUGUACUUAGCCUGCAGAGACGACCGGGAACGCUUCUGUGAAAAUACAGCAGCUGGGGAGGGCCGAGUUUAUAAAUGUCUGUUUAAUCACAAGUUUGAGGAUGCCAUGUCUGAGAGGUGUCGCGAGGCGUUGACCACCAGGCAGAAGCUGAUCGCCCAGGACUACAAGGUGAGCUACUCGCUCGCCAAAGCUUGCAAGUCAGACCUGAGGAAGUACCGCUGCAACGUGGACGCAAACAUGCCCCGAGCCAAAGAGACGCGCCUGUCCUACCUGCUGCUGUGCCUGGAGGCUGCCGUGCACCGAGGUCGAGUGGUGAGUGGCGAGUGUCAGGGAGAAAUGAUGGACUACAGGCGCAUGUUGAUGGAGGACUUCUCCCUGAGUCCGGAGAUUGUGCUGCACUGCCGCAGUGAGAUAGAGAACCACUGCUCUGGUUUACACCGGAAAGGCCGGACGCUGCACUGCCUGAUGAGGGUCGGCCGAGGAGACAUGGAGGCCAUCGAACCCACCUGCCAAAAGGCGCUCAAGGACCUGGUGCAGGAAGCAGACCCAGGAGCCGACUACCGGAUCGACAGGGCGCUGAAUGAGGCCUGCGAGUCCGUCAUCCAGACAGCCUGCAAACACAUCCGCAACGGAGACCCCAUGAUCCUGUCUUGUCUGAUGGAGCAUCUGUACACUGAGAAGAUGGUGGAGGACUGUGAACACAGGCUGUUGGAGCUGCAGUACUUCAUCGCCAGAGACUGGAAGCUGGACCCCAUUCUGUAUAAGAAAUGUCAGGGCGAUGCGGCCAGACUCUGCCACACUCACGGCUGGAAUGAAACCAGUGAGCUAAUGCCAGCCGGGGCCGUUUUCUCCUGCCUGUAUCGCCACGCUUACCGCUCAGUGGAGCAAGGACGGAGGCUAUCGAGGGACUGUAAGGUGGAGGUCCAGAGGAUUCUCCACCAGAGGGCGCUGGACGUGAAGCUGGAUCCUGAGCUGCAGAGACGCUGCAUGGCCGACCUGGGGAAGUGGUGCAGUGAGAAGUCAGAGACCGGCCAGGAGCUGGAGUGUCUGCAGGACCAUCUGGAGGAUCUGGUGUCCGACUGCAGAGACGUGGUGGGGAAUCUCACAGAGCUGGAGUCGGAGGACAUUCAGAUCGAGGCUUUGUUAAUGCGAGCCUGUGAACCUGUAAUUCAAAGCUACUGUCAUGAGGUAGCCGACAAUCAGAUCGACUCUGGUGACCUGAUGGAGUGUUUGAUUCAGAACAAACACCAGAAGGAGAUGAAUGAGAAGUGCGCGGUGGGAGUCACACACUUCCAGCUGGUUCAGAUCAAAGACUUUCGUUUCUCCUACAAGUUUAAGACCGCCUGCAAAGAGGACGUUCUGAAGCUUUGUCCCAACAUCAAGAAGAAGGUGGACGUGGUCAUCUGCCUCAGCACCACGGUGAGAAACGACACCCUGCAGGACGCCAAGGAGCAGCGCGUGUCGGUCAAAUGCCGCAAACAGCUCCGAGUGGAGGAGGUGGAAAUGUCGGAGGACAUCCGUCUGGAGCCGGAGCUGUAUGACUCAUGUAAGCAGGACAUCAGCCGGCUGUGUCAGAACGUGGCUUUUGGCAAUGCACAGGUGGUCGAGUGUCUGAAGGAGAACAAACGCCAGCUGUCUCCACGCUGCCACCAAAAGAUCUUCAAGCUGCAGGAGGUGGAGAUGGUUGAUCCUGAACUGGACUAUCAGCUGAUGAGAGUCUGCAAGCACAUGAUCCGGCGGUUCUGCACGGAGUCGGAGGGGAAGAACGUUCUUCAGUGUCUGAAACAGAACAAGAACAGUGAGCUGAUGGAUCCUAAAUGCAAACAAAUGAUCACCAAGAGACAGAUCACGCAGAACACGGACUACAGGUUAAACCCUGUGCUGAAGAAGGCCUGUAAAGCCGACAUCCCAAAAUUCUGUCAGUCCGUCCUCAACAAGGGAGCGACGGACACGGAGCUGGAGGGUCAGGUCAUCUCCUGCCUCAAACUCAAAUAUGCAGACCAGCGUUUGUCUUCUGACUGCGAGGAUCAGAUUCGGGUCAUCCUGCAGGAGUCGGCUCUGGACUACAGGUUGGACCCUCAGCUCCAGAUCCACUGCACCCAAGAGAUUUCAAGCCUGUGUCCAGAGGAGGCAGCAGCUCAGGAGCAGACAGGACAGGUGGAGGAGUGUCUGAAAAUCAACCUUCUGAAGAUCAAACAGGAAGCUUGUAAGAAGGAAGUGCUGAACAUGCUGAAGGAGAGCAAGGCGGACAUCUUUGUUGACCCUGUUCUCCACACGGCGUGCGCGCUGGACAUCAAACACCACUGUGCUGCCAUCCCACCUGGCAAGGGGCGCCAUAUGUCCUGCCUGAUGGAGGCGCUGCAGGACAAACGUGUCCGUCUGCAGCCAGAGUGCAAGAAGAGACUCCAGGAUCGCAUCGACAUGUGGAGCUACGCUGCUAAGGUGGCGCCAGCUGAGGGAUUCUCAGACCUGGCCAUGCAGGUGAUGACGUCGCCGUCCAAGAACUACAUCCUCACUGUGAUUGGUACGGGUGUGGCUCUGCUCUUCCUGGUUGGGAUGUUUUGUGGCAGAUUCACAAAACGAGUGACUCAGGAGCUGAAGGACAGGGAGGUGGAACCUACCAGCCAUCUCUCAACCAAGCCACACAGGAUUUACAAGGGGAGCGAACACUUGGUCAUAUGUAAAUAGAAAUAUUUAGUUUUCCAACAGUGAACUGGUUCCUCCAUCGCAGCUUCCAGCUCCCUGCUGCUUCCAGCCACUGUUAGCAUUCCGUCUCUGAGCAGAGCAGCAGAAAUCACUUCAGUCCUCAUUCUCACACAAACUGGCUCAGUUGGUGUCAGAGGAGUCGGUCCAGACAGGUUGAGGCCUUUUUUCUUUUCUUUUUUCUUUUUUUCCUCUAGAAGAAACAAUUUGGGACAACUUUAAGAGCAAAUCAUAUUAUUACAAAGAUGUGAAGAUUUUGUGUGAAGAUGAUACUGGAAUCAUUGCACAGGUUUUUUUUUUUUUUUUUUUUUUUUUUUUAAUAUCAAUGAAUAUAAAUGUUUUGUUAUAGCUUUAUUUAUUGUUUAAUCUGUGUUUGUUUUGUUUUUUUGUUGAUUUGAAUGUGCCUUUUUUUUUUUUCCUUUCCCAGCGAGUUCCUCCAGGCAUCAUCUUCAUCCAGCAGCUUGACUGAUGAGGGGGUUUGAUGUUAAAUGACAUUUUCAUUUUAACAUUUUUAUACAUCCAAAAUUUAAAGCUGUAGCUUAAGAUAAUGGUUUGCUUUUUGUGUGUGUGUGUGUGUGUUAGUAAGAGCAUCCAUGGAGGCUUUUAACUCUGAGUCUGCUGCUGGAGUUUGAGGCCUCAGCUGCUGAAAGCUCCUCUAGUGGAGUUCUGGAGUUUGGGGGACAAAAUAGCAAAGCCUGCUGGAUAAGAUGCAUGUGUGAGUGUGUGUGUGUGUGUGUGUGUGAGAGAGAGAGAGAGAGAGCAGAACAGCUAGAUGACAGUCUAUGUGUCGUAUGCUGUGCGUGUCGUGCAGUUAACUUGUACUGCUACUUUUUCCAUCUAGCCGAUUCUUCAGGCGUUCUGUAGUCAGUUCUGCCCUCGCCGCCUGCAACUCCAAACUUUCUUCUCUCAACUGCCUUUUUUUCAGUCCUUUCUUCUUUUUUUUUUAAAUCAAAGUUGUGCCUAAAACGUCCCUGCAUCUCCCAUCAAAUGACAGGGUCGGUCAGAGAUGGACAAUGUCCACAUCAUGUGUUGAUUAUUGCCUGGUGUCUCGUCCUCUGCAGGUGGUUUGGUCGUCUGUUUUCUGAUUCAGAGGUGAUGGAAAGUCUUUUAAGUUUGUGAUUGAAUACAUGGUUUCUGUCUGGAUUUGUGGAACUUCUGGUUUUUCACUGUUUUUUUUUGUCUCCUUUUGUUGCUCUGUACAGAAAACUAUGGACAGUUUCUUAUUAAUAAUAAAGUGUGCAAGGUUUCUA